AUGCCUCCGAAUACUAGGUCCCAAAAGCGCGAAGCAGCAAAAAAUCAAAACUAUACGCCGGCAGGUCCCAAGGUUUAUGCGUCGGAAGAUAUCCCUUCCUCCCAACAGGCAACUUCGCCCGACAGCCCGUCCAUUCCGUUGUACCAAAGGUCGACUAAGUGGAUGAAGGGAGCCCUAACCCCCUUGAACACUCGAGUUGAACACGAAGAGGAUUCUCCUGCUUCCGUUAAAACUGAUUCUCUGGAUGUUUCUCAAGUCGAAAAUCUCAAAGAUCAUUUGUUAGAAUUAAAACGAAAAGUACAACUUCAGAUUGGAGAAAUCGAAGAGAAGGUUUCACUGGAAACUUUGGCUCCAAUGUUUUUCGAAAAGCACCAGGAAUAUAUGGACGAUAUCAAACAAUUAGUUGAAGUAUGUCAAUGCCGAAUUGGACAAGCGGCGGAUUCUGGCGAGCGUCGAAUCACUGGUCCCAUCGAUAUAGGUUCUCGCUUGCUUUCUCGAACGACCAAACCACUGGUUAGGAAAAGAUUGGAUUCUUUGACAGAGCAACCGACUCCAAAAAAAGCUUGUUUGGCUGAAACCAAUCGCAUAGUGGAAGAUACUCCAAUGGAAUCCUCUGCAAAUACUCAACACGAACGACAACAUCCAUUAUGGGCAAUCCUUACCCACUCCAGCCCUCCCUAUGAUUCCGUAACUUCUUCCCCUAACCCUGAUACAAGUGGAAUGUCUUUAGACCAAGCUACGCCGAAAAAGGACAGCUUGGCUGAGAGGUAUCCACGAAGUGAAGGCAUCAGCGACAGAUCAGUGGAAUCCGACUCAAAUAUCCAAUGUGAUCAGCCACGAAUAUCGCUGUCAACCCAGUCCAAUGCUUCCCCAAUAUCUUCCCAUCAUUCCAUAACGCCGGCAGCUGCCCGGGAAGUAAGUGUGGAAGCUUCAUCAUCCUAUUCACCACUUCCCUCAUCCCUUGAUAUCCCUCAAACACAACUCUCCGAGGAAAGAAAAGAACUACCCGUAUCAGAUGACGACCCGCCUGAUGACGACCCGCCUGAAGCGUUGACCAUAGAAAAAGCCGUCUUGAACCCUAAGUCGCCAUUGUCCCCUAACGGCCUACCGCCAUCAAAUGCACACUCCUCUAGUCACAACGUACCAAUAACGCCUCAGCCGGCAGAAAAGACUUUGAAUCCAGACUUGCCAAGUCCCCAUGAAGAUUCUACAAAAGAGAAACGAGUCUUCCAUCCGGAACCGCCAUUAUUUGCUGACUCCACUAGUCACACUUUACCCACAAUGCCUCUCCCGGCGGAAAAUGCAUCAAAUCCAGACCGAUCUAGUCAUAACCUACCAACGACGACACACCCAGCGGAAAAGGCUUCAAUUCCAUACCCAUCUAGUGACAAUGUGCCAAUGUCGACCCACCCGGCGGAAAAAGCUUCAAAUCCAGAGUCAUCUAGUCCACAUGAAGUUAUCACCAAGGAAAAACCACUAUUUCAUCCUGAAUCGCCAUUGUCCAUUCACGAUCUGCCUCUCCCGGAGGAAAAUGCUUCAAAUCCAGACCGAUCUAGUCUUAACCUACCGACAACGACACACCCAGCGGGAAAGGCUUCAAUUCCAGGCCCAUCUAGUGACAAUGUAACAAUAUCGACCCACCCGGCAGAAAAAGCUUCAAAUCCAGAGUCAUCUAGUCCACAUGAAGUUAUCACCAAGGAAAAACCACUAUUUCAUCCUGAAUCGCCAUUGUCCAUUCACGAUCUGCCUCUCCCGGAGGAAAAUGCUUCAAAUCCAGACCGAUCUAGUCCUAACCUACCGACAACGACACACCCAGCGGGAAAGGCUUCAAAUCCAGAGUCAUCUAGUUCUAAUCCACAAGAAGUUGUUACAAAGGAAAAACCACUUUUUUGUCCUGAAUCCCCAUUGUCCAUUCACAACCUGCCGCCAUCAAAUCCACACUCCUCUACUCAAUCCUCACCAGUAACGACUCACCAGGCGGAAAAAACAGAUCAUGCCCUCCCCUUAUCCACCAGUGAAGACUUGGACAAAGUCCAUCAUGGCGGUCAGGAUAAGGAUGGGCAGAAUGACGGCAAGCAGGAAAUGGUAGAUGCUACAAAAAUUAAUGUCAAUUCAACAUCCUUGGAUAAGUACGAUAUGUAUGCCGACCCCAUACUAUUGGAAGAUGUUCUAAUUGACACCAUCACCAGCCAAACUCGCUGCCGGCAUCAACUCAAUGUGCUCAAAGAAAUUGACGGAAACACUAGGAUGGAAUUCGGCUGGUACACCAAGGAUAUGCUCAAGGCGAUCUUGCUUUUCACGCAGGUUUCCUAUCUUGAAGAUCCCAAUAGGGUCCACAAACCUGGUACUGAUAGCAGCGGAAUCCUAUGGCUAGAUGGUAACCGCUGGCUCUCGGUCCAAAAUAUAAUGGCGGAUGAGAAAUGUUUGAGUCAAAUGUUAGCUCAAUGUCCUCGAUUACUCCAGAUAUCAGCAACCCAUCCGUAUUUCAAUAAGACGAUUUUCAAGAUGGAUGUGCUCUCCAAGUCAAUCGAUGCCAAGUUAGGAGGGGAUUUCAGGUCAGGUAGCUGGUUCGCCCUUAACCAGCUGAUGUGUCGAUCAACUCCCACAAAGCAAUAUCAUUCUGGCGACUUUAGCGAUGCUUCGAGAACCAGCUUAAGCCGCCUAACUCAGAUCACCCGCAAUGCAGCAUCUUCGCUCGAAGCCCUCGUUAUGCCACCCCAACAGAAAAGCACGUCCAGCAAAGAAGACUUGGAACGUGAAGGAUGCAGAGCGGCCUUAAAUUUCCUCUUUGAUAGACUGUCGGGGUUGGGUGCUGCACUUCCAACCAACGAGAAGCCGCCACCAAACAUCUGGGGGGUAAAAAUGAUCUUGACGAAAAUUUACGAAUUGCUUCUUGGUAUUGUUCUGAUCUAUCAGGGAUACCGGUCAAAGUCCCAAGAGAUCCAUCCCGAUUGUUUGGAAGUAACGUUUGUCUAUCUGAAGAAAUCAUCUACUAAAGGAUUCAACAGGCAGUAUGAAGGCAACCCAUCGUUCUUUGUCGAUCACGCGAAAAAAAUGGAGGAAUGGAGACAUCUCAAGCAGCGGUGCAUAGGUGCAGUAGCUAUCUUUGUACUGUUUGGCGUUCAAGGGUGGUUCAGUUGUUUCAAAAACCGGAAGAAAUACAACUACACCGAUAUCUAUUCAAUUCUCACACUUGCGCACGACAUGACCUCUCGCGAGAUCAGUAUCCUCUCUCCCCAGACCAACCCAGACCUACAUACCCCAUGGCGACACUUGAAUUCUUUCCUGGUUGACCUUUUUUGCACAACGAAAAUGGGAUUGGAAGACUCAAACUGGUAUAGCGCUAUGUACAUCUGGGGAUCGGUGCUGGAGGUGCAAACCAUCUCAUACUUAGUUUUGCAAGAUGUAUUUGAAGAGUUCAAGAAUCCCGGAGAGAGCCUUUCAUCAAACGGUUCAACUGCCCCGCCAACGGUAGUCAACCCAACUGCAACGCAAACCUGGCAUGCGAUCAUUGACCAGGUUUCCCUUCCAGCUCAGGUGUACUACGAACUGCGAGAUAUAUACGAAAAGGACACCGGUACAAAGCCCCACUCAGUAAUACCACCUUUCCCCUCAGUCGCAUUCCAAGGUAUUGAUAUCCAAUCAAAAUAUGAUCAAUUAACAAUAAACGAUGGUAAUGAAGAAGGCUCACAAGAUUCCCAAAACAUAGUCUAG